AUGCUCACCCACUGGGCCCCGCUAUUAUCCACCGCCGCCCCGUCGUGUUUAUACCGGCAGGCUGCAAUGGAUAUCACAGCUAAGUACUGCCAUAAGGAGAUGGAAGCCUAUGGCUCCUGUGUCGCCUCCAACCCAUCCAUAUGGCAGGAGAAGUGUCAUGAACUGAAGAUGAAGGUUGCACAUUGCACAUCCUCACACCCGGUGAUCCAGAAGAUCAGACAUGAUUGCUCCAAGCAGUUUGUGGAGUUCGAGAAGUGCCUCAGGGAAAACCAGGGUACUCCGGCCUCCUGUUCUGCCCACGUGGCCCGCUUUCUAGGCUGUGCAGAGACUGUAGAUCUCAGUGGAGUAGAGACAAACCCAGUACCUGUGCCUUCGUAG